AUGAUAAUCAAUACUCUGCCCGAAGAUGGAAAAUACGCUUUUAUAACCUCGACUCCUUCUUAUUCGGCAAAAGGGAAGCAGGAGACAAAGACCCUAGUGCGAAAACAUGUGAUGCGUCCAUUCAUGAAACAAAAUCGGCCAAAAAGGGCAAAUGGUCUGAAAAGCAUUGCGCCAAGGUCUUUUGUUGGUACGUCACCACUGCAGAAAUCUAUCCCACACGCGAAUAGAGAGGAGGUAGACACAGAAGCAGAAGUAGGAAGCGAAGUUCUAAUGGGUUUGCAAACCAAUUCGAUGGUUCUACUGGGAAAUGGCCGUGUGAAUCCCUUUCAAGCAUGGCCAGUUAAGAUGGAUACUCAAGAGCAUGAGCUGGUGUAUCACAUCUGGGAUCCAUCACAAUGCUUCCAGCCAUUCAGAGACUUCUGGUUCACGCUCGGUACAAACGAUUCUGCAGCAAUGCACUUGAUGUUGUCUAAUGUUGUCCUACACCUCAAUACCCUUAAAGGAAAUCGAGACGAGGAUCGUGAUUCGAUUAUGUACCAUCUCUCGGCUGUCAGAUCCGUAAAUCGAAGAUUAGCACAUUUUGCGGUGGAAAAUUCAGAUGGAAUUCUGGGAGCUAUACUUGGCUUUAUGUGCCACGACCAUCUUCUCUCUAAUCCGGAGAGGUGGAAGAUCCACCAGGCUGGCUUCUAUAAAAUAUUGGGUCUGCGAGGCGGACUAUCAAGUAUCGAAAAUAUCCCACCAAUGCGACUGUCUUUGUUUUGGAUUGAACAUAAUAUGUCUAGCGACUUGGACGUAGUUCCUCUUUCUCCUCCACCUGUUCAAUAUCUUACGAAUCCUUAUCUUCCAAGGUAUCAGACUGAGGGCGAAGCUUAUUUUCUUAGCAUCUGUGAGCACUCUGAUAUCUCAUCUUUUCUUUCUGUGGGUAUACUCGAUAUCAUGAAGCAGUUGAGUAUCCUCACAGUCACGAUAGCUCGUGAGAAUGAAAAGAGAAAUCUAUCGAAAGAUGCGCAAUUUCUUUGGGGGGACCAGAACUUUGCUGGUCUGUGCGUCUAUCCGAUCUUGUCGAGACUUUUAACUAUACAGAAAGAGCCGAAGCAUAAUAUCGAAGAGUUGUGUAGGAUUGGCGGGCUUCUGUUCAUUGCGCAGACAAGAAGAUGGUUCGGCGUCGCGCCCGUAUUGACCAACGUGUUUAUCACCAAGCUGCGUCGAAUACUGGAGAGCGAUGGCGACAUCUGGAAUACCAAGGCGAAGAGUCUAAGAGUAUGGACUCUCGUUAUGGCUGGCUGCACAGCUAAUACAGAGGAUGAGAAAGCUUGGGUAGCUGAAACCCUCAAGCGGGAUGUCUUUGAUUGGUCCGAGUUGGAGGACGUGAAGAAUAUGUGGUGGAUAGAUGAAAUAUUCCAGGUUGGGCUGUUGAAUAUCGAGACAGCCUUUUAUUCACUCCAGGAGAUUAAGUAA